UUACGGUACAUCUCCAGAAUCCAGCCAUCUCGCAUUAUUCCCACAAAAACCGUGAAAAAAUGUUACAUUAACCGUAAAAAAAUAUCAAACCAAACCAAAAUGACCGCGAAUAACAUAUUCUAAACAAAUCUUAAACAGAUUAUAAAAAAAAGUGAAAAUAAGGUUUUACUGUCGAUGUAAAAUGUAAUAAAAAAAAUUAGUGUAACGAAGUCUUCCAUUAUAGUUAAGAAUUAGAUUAAUGUCUAUGUCUUCCUGUUACGUCAAUUUUUAAAUAUAGAAGUUUUUGAAAAAAGAAUUUAAAAUGAUUAACGUGGGGCGUUUCAAGUUGCCACCGAUUAAGAAUGUGCUGGAUGUGGCCAUGCAGACUGUGAGGCAGCAAGUACCAGAACGACCUGGGACUGCACCGCGCCCACCACAAAAUGUCCGGUUUGCUAAUUCAGACAUGGGAGAAAGCUGUGAGCUAUCUACAAUGAACGAGACUACAUCGCCGUCAUACCAGUCUACGAACCCAACCAACCCAUUUCUGAGUGGACAGCUUCAGGCUGAAGAUUCCUUUACCAGUUAUCAAAACACAUAUCCACAACAAGAUGGCGCUCCCAGAACUCAGAGCAUGCAAAGCGUUGACUUUUAUGCCUCAUCGGAAGAGGGUGGGUUCGAAGAGGGUGGUGGUAGCCCAGGUGCUAAGAUCAAUGAGUUUCAAGCCGCCUGGAACGUUACUAAUGCUAUCCAGGGAAUGUUCGUUGUAUCAUUGCCAUUUGCUGUGCUCCAAGGAGGAUACUGGUCAAUAGCCGCCAUGGUUGGUAUUGCCCACAUCUGCUGUUACACAGGCAAAAUUCUAGUAGAUUGUCUCUACGAAGAUGACCCAGUUUCUGGUCAACGAGUACGAGUCCGUGAUUCUUACGUCAGCAUCGCUAAAGAAUGCUUUGGGAGAAAAUAUGGCGCUAAAAUUGUCAAUAUCGCACAGAUUAUUGAACUGCUGAUGACCUGUAUCUUGUACGUUGUGGUUUGUGGGGAUUUGAUGAUUGGAACCUUCCCCGAUGGGUCAAUCGACACCCGAUCCUGGAUGAUGUUAACGGGCAUAUUCCUUUUGCCUCUGGCAUUUUUAAAGUCUCUCAAAAGCGUUAGUAUGCUGUCUUUCUGGUGUACCAUGAGCCACUUAAUAAUAAACGCCAUUGUUCUUGGCUAUUGCAUUCUUUAUAUUGGUGAGUGGGGUUGGUCUAAAGUGAAAUGGAACCUCGAUUUGGAAAACUUCCCCAUUAGUCUGGGUGUCAUCGUCUUUUCAUAUACUUCCCAAAUAUUCUUACCCACCUUGGAGGGCAACAUGGAAGAUAGAUCUAGAUUCGAGUGGAUGUUAAAUUGGUCUCAUAUCGCUGCUGCUGCAUUCAAAGCUACUUUUGGAUAUUUCUGUUUUCUGACAUUCCAAAACGACACUCAGCAAGUUAUAACAAAUAACCUUCGAUCUGCUGGCUUCAAGGGCCUCGUAAACUUCUUCCUCGUGAUUAAAGCUGUGCUAAGCUACCCCCUUCCUUAUUAUGCGGCCUGUGAUCUGCUUGAACGUGUUCUGUUUCGAGGAAAACCCAAAACUGUCUUUCCCCCAAUUUACGCUUUGGAUGGUGAGCUGAAGGUUUGGGGUCUAGCAUGGCGACUGGGUGUGAUAAUGUUUACAAUUCUGAUGGCAGUAUUUAUUCCACAUUUCCUGAUACUCAUGGGCUUUAUUGGUAGUUUCACUGGUACGAUGUUGAGCUUCAUUUGGCCUGCGUACUUCCAUUUGAAAUUGAAGGCCAAUCAGCUCGACAGUACCACUGUCGCCUAUGACUAUUUCAUUAUUGGUUUGGGCGUGUUAUUCGGCCUAAUCGGAAUGUACGAUUCUGGUUCUGCUCUUAUAAAAGCAUUCAAAAUAGGGUUGCCGUUUUAAUUUAGUAGUCAAUAAUUGUUGAACUAUUUUUAGAAUAAUGCAUAUUAAAUGUCUAUUAUUUAUAACCCUGCAAGUUGUUUGCGGCGUAUUAAUGCCAAUAUUUAGUCUGAUGUGAUUUUGUAAUUUAGAUUUAGCUGUUAAGAAUUUAAACUUGUUGCUGAUGUAUCCAUUGUCUUCCAAAAUAAUGAUUAUAUGUAUAACAAUUGACAUAAAUGACGUUAUGUCAGUAUGGUCACAUUGAUAGGUUAAGAAUCGAGCGUCUUCCAGACAUUUAAAUCUUCAACAACGAAGUCUUCCAUUUAAAUGUAUUUUUAAAGUUAUAUAUUUACAAAUUUUGUGCAAACAGUAGAAUUAUACUUUGUAUAAUGUAUAAUGCAUUUAAUUGCGAUGUCACAUAUAAAACCCCCUGAUAACACGGUUCUCUUAUAACGCAUUUUCAUAUUACGCGACAUCAAUUUCCCGUAUAAAACGGACAUUAUCCUAAAUACGCGGAGAUUUCAGAGAAUAUUUAUGUACCUACUAGUUACAAGGGUCAUAAAGGGCGAGUAUACUUUUACAAGCGGAAGGAAUCUAUCGUGUUAUAGGAGGGUUUACUAAACUAGUUAAUUUAAUAGAUAACUUCACAUGUUAUUAAUUGUACAAUAAAAGACAAUAACAAUAUAUAUAUGUAAUACAUACUAAAUGACAUUUUAUGAAAAAAAUGUAAGUAAAAUCUCCAGAUUUACACAUUACGUUUAUUGUCUGUCUUAUUCAGACGUCUUGUUGUUGUAAAGCAUUUUAGAAUAGUACUAAUUAUAAUCUUAUAUAUCGCUAUAUUUUAGGAUAAAAUUCGUUUGAUAAAACACAUAUUAUAUAAAUAGUAAUAUUUUGUGUGUUGACAUGUUUCUUCCAUAGAAAUAGAUUAAUGCUAAUGGUAUAUGCGCAUCAUAAGCGACAAUAAAAAUAUUAGAACUCGUUACAAAAGUUUAAUAUUUGUGCGCUGUGGACUGUCAAUAAUUUGCGUUUAACCGCCAUAAAAUAAAACUCAUUUCCAGAGAGUAAACAAUGCCCGGCUAGGUUCAAAAUUAUAAGGUUUUUUGUCUAUUACCGUGUCACUUCAAAAACUAAAUUAAGAAAUUAUUUAUUCAAAAAUUAACGACGCAAUAAAUUUAAUAAUUAAUAACAAUGUAUUCAAUAUGUUU